CAAACUUGUGUCAUGAGUCAUGGUGGUGGCUAAACAAACCCGCAGCCAGACGUCCGGGUCGGUUCGGGUCGCCCGGAAACCACGAGCCAUGUCGCCGUCUUCGUUAACACCGAGAGAGACAGGUAGCAAGGCAACUCGGACAGCCGUCGACAUCUCCGAAGCCAUUUAACCGUUUUUCCUACUUUCCUUUCCUUUCCUUCACUUUCCCAUCCAAUCCUUCAAUCUUUCCUCUUUGAGCUUUCGCUCGGAACUCAAUUCUCUCCAAUCGCUGCAAAAUGAACUCAACGUUGAGGAUUUCAUCAUCAAUGGCCACCAUGAAUGUUCCUUCUCCAAUCAAGCCUCAAUUUCAGAGAACCUCCUUGUUUGGUCUCAAAGAAAAACAACCCUGUUUCAGAAUCCAUGCCAUGUCCAACAACGGCGCUGUUUCUCGCUCUUGCCCUGACGAGGCAUCAUCUCGUUCAGUUGAAGAUGCCCAUAGGCGAAGAAGCAGUCUUGAGUCUUUGUUCUGUUAUGAUAAGGCUAUACCGGAGGAAAUAAUUGAGAAGCCAAUAGGUUUAUCUUUGGCGGAGAAAAAAAUUGGAGAUAAUCCCCACUGCCCUGAUUGCCAAGCCAAGGGGGCUGUCCUUUGCAGCACUUGCUCUGGUUCUGGCUUAUAUGUUGACUCUAUAUUGGAGAGCCAGGGUGUCAUUGUCAAAGUCCGAUGCUUAGGUUGUGGUGGAACUGGUAACAUUAUGUGUUCAGUAUGCGGUGGUCGAGGUCAUCUUGGCUGCAAAUGAUUUCCAAGGUUGCUGAGUAGGAGGUUGCCAAAGCUGUCUCUGACUUGAUUGAGUAGUAAGGUUCAGUACUUUUCUUUUGUAUUAUGUAUGUUUCAUCGAGUUGUAAGGCACAUUUUGUAUUUUGAAUUUUGUUGUGUUCAUGGGUGCCAAUACAUGAUAUGCAAAGCGGUGGGUGUAAACACAAUGUGUUUGCAAUUUUACGUUUAAAUUUUUGAGUAGUUUAAUGAAUGAAGAAAACCGUUUAGCAAUUUUGGAUGGUUUAA